AUGCGCAUAGGCUCACCUGUCUCCGCCAGGCAUUCGACCGCCGGGACGUCAAGUCCGCUCGGCCAACCAUACAAUCAAUCGGCCAUGGAUGUCUCCGAGUUCCGUCGACCUCUCACCAGCCCUGCCGGGCCGGCACCCCUCGAUACCCAUCGCUCUUCGUCGACUGCCUCGGCGCCUAGCCCUCACGGAGUCGGUCUUGCGGACUCGCGGAAAAGAAGCUUCAGCUCGGCCGAUCACCAGUCUCCCCUCUCCGAUGAGCAGCAGCAGCUUCCGGCCACUGCGGCGGCGGUAGCUAGUCGCCGCAAGGCCCAGAAGGUCAGCCGGGCUUGCGACUUUUGCAAGCAGCGCAAGGCAAAAUGCAGCGGUACCAUUCCCUGCGACAAAUGUACUCGCAAAGGUCUGAACUGUGUGUAUGAUGCCAAGUAUUCCCGCGGGAGACCUCCAACGCCUCCACCCUCUGCUGUCUGGUCCGCAAACUCGACAGGCACGAAUCGUCCUGGCCCGUCGUCUGGUUCGGAAGAGCCUACUGUGAUGUAUCGGACGACGGAAACAGAGGGGCAAAAUAUCUCAGUGCCGGUGGUGCCGCCGCAGUCUUCGCUGCGGGGACAGGUUCGCGAGAGUCAAGGACCAGCAUCCAGAGCUUCUCCAGAGCUUGGAAUGGCUGAGAUUCAAGGCCAGGUCUUUGACCCAACCUCCGGUGUCACAUUCCUACAUCGAGCAUGGAAGAGGUUAUCAAAACACGAUAGUACUAUCGUGCCUGAUGAUGUGAAUGCCUCGACGGAAAACCAGCCGCUCAUGUUGGCUGGUGACAAACCUCUCCCUCCAAUCACCGAUGAAGACGUCAUGAACCUUUCAUUACCAGACUCCCAAGAGCUACAGGUACUACUGGCACUAUAUUUCGAUGUGUGUAUUGCCACUUAUCGUGUGCUUCACCGUCCUUCAGUUGAAAGUUGGCUCAAGUCGAUGGUGAGCAACCUCCACCAGGGCAAGCCAUUUUGGCAAGAUAUUGGUCGUGCGAAAGCCUCUGUCGUUUUGACUGCACUCUCUGUUGCCGCAGCCCAUAGCGAAAAGUCCAAAGGCUUCCACUCGCCAGCGGAUGAGGCCCUUUCGCUUGCACGAAGCGAUCGCUUAUUUUGCGUCGCGCUACGGUUGACAGAACGAGAAACCGGUCUCCCCAGACUAGAAUCCGCCCAGUCCCGUCUUAUCCAAGUACUCUAUCUCCUUACUACCUCCAGGAUGAACCGUGCGUGGUAUACGUUUGGCGACACCCUUCAGAUAGUGUCUGCUCUAGGAAUGCAUCGCAAGGCUGCCAAGAAGAGAGCUCUGGCAUCUGCCAACUCGGAUUACAUCCAAGCUCAGUGUCGCAUACGAACAUUCUGGACUGCAUACGUCCUUGACAAAUAUUUGGGGGUUAUCUUCGGUCGCCCUAGACAUUUUCAUGACGAUGACAUUGAUCAAGAUCUCCCUGAUAGGAUCGACGAUGAGGAUAUGGCUGUACAAGGUCCGCUCGAGCGAGUUGAAGAGCAGCUGGACAGUCAUAUAGACGCUUUAAUAUGCCACGUUAAGAUUGCGCAGAUUAUCGGCAACAUCUCCAGAGAGGUGUACUCGAUCAAAGCUAUCUCGGAACAGGAACGAGUUGACGCUGCACAUCGCUUUAGCGAAAAGAUUCAUGAGUGGCGCGCCAGUUUACCUCCACAUCUGGGCUCAAUUCGGCCCUCGAGACUCAUUCCAAGUUUCCGUCGCCAAGCGACAGUGCUGAAGCUAGCCUACUCCCAUGCUAUUAUGCAUGCCAACAGGCUCUUUCUUUUGGGAAAUCUGAGUGCUGGCAGUGAGAAGCAAAUCCUCGAAUGCAUCGGAGCGGCGCGCACAGUCUUUGAGACCGUUGACGGCAUGGCUGCUGAAGGACCCAUCUUCCACGCCUUUUGGUGGACGCAGUAUGUCACAUUUUGCGCCCUACUUGUGACUUAUGUAUGGGACAUUCAACAGAAACGCCGAGGUAUGUCACUCGAGGGAGAGGGAAAUGCAAAACACGCAAAGCUUAUGGACCUGGCCGAGCGUUGCCAGACCCAUCUUGCUCAUGCAACAGCGACCAAUUCACCAAGUCGUCGAUAUGCAAUUAUCCUGGAGGAAUUCCGAACUGAGGGUCUUGGCCAAAUGUCACGGAAAAACAACGGAGGGCCUGUGCAAGCCUCCCAAUCCGCCGCUCCUCGAUCUACACCGUUCACUGCCGAUACACAAGUACUGCCUCCACAACAUCAAGGCAAUGCCACUGCUACCAUGGGUGGAUUUGACUUCAACUCUGCAUAUUCUGCUGGUCCCGGGGCUGUUGAUCUCGCGAGCCAAGGAGAUGCAGAGCUUCUUGGCUCCAACCUGUUGGAUGAGUGGCAGACUACGGAUUGGCUAGACCUCGAUUCGUCAGCAUUUGCCCCCUACUUAGACAUCGAUACGAACCCAUACGACUGGAUGCCAGAUAUAGGGGGUUGA